AUCGCAUAUGACCUGGAAGAUGACGAUUUCCGGUCACAUAACACUACUAACGCUCGUACCCGGCUCUGUUUUGUUGAAGUGUCGGAGAAAGUCGAUGCGGAUCAUGGACUGCGGAAAGUCGGCGGUGAUAAAUACCCAAAGAAGCGUAUCCCGGUAUGUCGGUCGGUGACAAAGAACAGGCGACUUGGUCGUGGCGAGCCGGACACGGUCGUCGCCUGGGCCGGUCGGCUUAUCGGUUUCCCGUAA